AUGGAGUUCUAUCUCUCAUUUUCGACACUACUAGUAACCACCCUGCUAUUUGUUCUUCCACCAACUUUGAUAUUCUAUUUAUUUGACAAAAACAGAGCUGCAAACACAAAACCACCUCAUGCCAGAGGUGCAUGGCCAAUAAUUGGACACUUGCCCCUUCUAAGUGGAACUGAGCUGCCUCACAAGAUUUUAGGUGAUAUGGCUGAUGAAUAUGGGCCUAUCUUCACCAUCAAGCUUGGGUUUCAGCAAGCUUUGGUGGUAACUAGUGGAGAGAUGGCUAAAGAAUGCUUUACUACUAAUGACAAGGCAUUUGCAAGCCGGCCCAAAGCACAAGCAUAUGAACUGAUGUCAUAUAACUAUGCGGUGCUUGUGUUUACCCCGUAUGGGGAUUAUUGGCGACGACUUCGCAAGACAAUGAUGCUCGAAGUCCUUUGUCAACGACAAGUGGAGAAACUAGAAAGUAUUCGAGUUUCAGAACUUAGAGCAUCUAUAAACAGUAUAUAUGUUGCUUGGGUGAAGAAGAAAGAUAGUAAAAAUCCGGAUUAUAUGGUGAAGUUGGAGAUGAACCAGUGGAUUGGAGAAUUGAUAUUAAAUAUCAUGAUUAGGAUUGUUUCGGGAAAGAGAUUUUCUGCCAAUGAUGAAGAAGGGGUUCGAUUUCAAGAGGUGAUAAGAAAAUACUUUGAAUUAUUGGGAGCAUUUGUUGUGUCUGAUUUUAUUCCUAUUCUCAAGUGUUUGGAUGUGGAUGGGUACAAAAAACCCAUGAAGAAAGUAGCAAAAGAGCUGGACGACAUCUUGGAUGGAUGGUUGAAGGAGAUAAAGAUUAAGAGGAAUUCGGCAAAAGAACAACAACAAGAAGGCGACCAAGUCUUCAUGAACGUGCUCGUAUCCAUUCUUGAACGUUCUUCUGAAGACGACUUCCCUGGUUUCGACCAUGAUACAAUUGUCAAAGCCACAUGUCAUCAAAUUAUAACAGCAGGCUUGGACAUGACGUCUGCGACCCUAACAUGGGCAGUAACAUUGUUACUUAACAACCCUAUAACAUUAGCGGCUGCUCAAGCUGAAAUUGAUGAGCAUGUCGGAAGGGAGAGGCUAGUAGAGGAGGCGGACAUGAAAAAUCUUGUAUACAUUGAAGCCAUCAUCAAAGAAACCAUGCGUUUAUACCCAGCUGCACCUCUUGCAGCACCUCCUGAAUCUAUCAGUGAUUGUAUUUUGGGUGGAUAUACUGUCCCAAAAGGUACUCGUCUGUUAGUAAAUAUUUCAAAGAUUCAUCGUGAUCCCAAUAUUUGGUCAUAUCCUAAAGAAUUUCAGCCAGAGAGAUUCUUGACAAAUCAAAAGCACAUUGAUGACAAAGGACAACAUUUUGAACUUUUCCCUUUUGGUAGCGGUAGAAGAAUGUGCCCCGGUGCUGCCAUGGCAUUCCAAGAGAUGCGUUUUACAUUAGCUAGUUUGAUACAACAAUUUGUGCUCAAAAAGCCAUCACAGGAACCAUACGAUCUGGCUGAAAGUAAUGGAAUUACGAUUUGCAAAAAAACGCCAGUUGAGGUUCUUCUUGCCCCCCGUUUAUCCCAUACUAUGUAUGGUACGAUUAAUGAAUGA